AUGACGCUCGAGAACUUUGCGUCGCAAGUCGUGGAACGACACAACAAGCCCGAGAUCGAAGCACGCAGUUCGCGCGAGGUGCUCCUGGCACCCCUGACCAUCUCGAGGAACGAAAACGAAAAGGUGCUCAUCGAACCCAGCGUCAACAGUCUUCGUGUGUCGAUCAAGAUCAAACAGGCCGACGAAAUCGAACGCAUCCUAGCCCACAAAUUCACCCGCUUCCUCAUGCAGAGGGCCGAAAACUUUGUCAUCCUCAGAAGAAAACCCGUCCAGGGUUACGAUAUCUCCUUCCUCAUCACCAACACUCAUACCGAGACCAUGCUGAAGCACAAGUUGGUCGAUUUCAUCAUUCAGUUCAUGGAGGAGGUCGACAAGGAAAUCUCAGAGAUGAAACUUAGCAUCAACGCAAGAGCACGCAUCGUGGCCGAAAGCUACCUCUCCACCUUCGCUUGA